GUUCCGCUGUGCGCCUGCGCUGUACAUUGAAGGUUGCGCGCGGGAUUAAACGAGGAAAAGGACCAGAGAAAUACGUUUGGCUACAUACAUUACUGCACGUAACAUUUUACGCCUUACUUUAAUAAGUUAAGCAAACAGCGGAAGCAUGUGGAAUCAGGGAGGGUACAGUGAGUCCAGUAUGGCUGGGGGCUACACUCAGUCUCCAGGAGGAUUUGCAUCACCUGCCUUAUCCCAGGGGGGAGAGAAAAAGGGGAGAACACGUGCCAACCAAAUAAUCCCCUGCACAGUGUCUCAGCUAAUGUCUGCUUCCCAAGCCGAUGAGUCAUUCAGAGUAGGAGAUGUGGAUGUUGCCCAGGUCACCAUUGUGGGGGUCAUCAGAAGCACAGAUAAAUCCAUGACCAACAUCCAGUACAAGGUUGAUGACAUGACAGGCGCUCCCAUGGAUGUGAAGCAAUGGGUAGACACAGAGGACCAAAGUGUGGACAGCACUGUCCUUCCCCCAGGAACAUAUGUCAAAGUAUCUGGAAAUCUGCGCUCUUUUCAGAACCACAGGUCUGUUGUGGCAUUCAGCGUCAGGCCCCUGGAGGAUAUGAAUGAAAUCACCUCUCAUAUGUUAGAGGUUGUCCAAGCACACAUGGCACUCAGCAAGCCUCAAACUAUGUCGGCUGCCGGAGGAGGAAUGAGCAGUAGUGCCAUGCCCAUGUCACGACCCACCAUGGGAGGCAUGGAUGGGAAUGUAGGAGGCUAUGCAGGUGCCAACGACAUGACCAACAAUGGGUUAAGUGCAAACCAGAAUCAGGUGCUGUGUUUGAUAAGAAGCUGUCCAGAACCGCAGGGUAUUAGCAUUCAAGAACUAAAGAAGAGACUCGGCAGCAUGAGUAUUGCUGUGAUCAAACAAGCUGUGGAGUUCCUUAGCAACGAAGGUCAUAUCUUUUCCACCAUCGACGAAGAUCACUACAAAUCAACUGACAGUGAUGACUAGACUAAUUCAUCUUGUUACCAUCAGUGGGGUUACGUAUUUGAAAUAAUUGGUACAUCAUUUAUUACCGAAAGCUAUCACAUAAGUAACAACCUCCCUGAGUCUAUAAUGCCACAGAGCUGUGCGAAAUGCUGCAAGUCUGUCGGCACUGUGGUCUAUGUUUGUUGAAGAACACGUGGUUUACAAAUGGUGAAACUCAAGGUUUACACAUCCUGUAUUCCUGAUGUUGCUUCAGCCAUUUCGCCCGAAAAAGUUUCUGUCACUGAGAUUAUUGUUGGCAGUUACUACUUUCUUUCUGUUUAUGUAUCUUUCUUCUUCUGUAAAACA